AUGCCCUCUGUUCGAGAUCCUACAUACUUACUUGCGCCAAACUGGACUUACCGCCCGAAUGGCCCGAUUGCCCUUGGAAACAUAAUUGUUGAUCCGUUUCGCCCUCAGUAUGCAGUCUCCAGGCCGACCAAGCCUCUACCCAAGACGGAGACAGCGACGGAGAAUAAUUGGGUAUUCGAGACUGAAAAGAUACGGAGUGUGAAUGUGAGCAUCUGGACUCGCUUAUUCAAUCAGCUGAGCAUCAAACUCGGGCCAAAUCGUCAGAAAACAGAUACUAUCAAAAUUGUCAUGGAAUCUCUAGAAACCACCUACUUUAGAGAUGAGCCCUCGAUGCAAGACAUUCAUGAGAUUGCCAAAGAGCCAAUAGUUCAGAGUGUUCUGAAAGCCGACAGCCUAUUUCGAAGCCCAGUUUACAUGGUGACUGGCCUGAAAAUUGCAAAAGGAUUCCAGUUAGUCCACCAUGGCUCAUCCGGGCGCGGGCUGUCUGCCGAAAUAUUAGAAAGUGUUGCCCCAGAUAUGUCUGUUGGUGGCAACGCCAACAUUGAGAUAACGACAGCAACCUCGAAGGCAUUCGAAGCCGCAGAUGAUGUCGUCUUUGCAUAUCAGCUGCUAAUCAUUAAGCCAAAAGGCUGGGGUUCGAAUACAACUUUCAAGCUGGAUGAUUAUCGCCACAAGGCAGCCAUGCUCGUUGAUAGUAACAAUGACGAAGAAGGAGAAGAAGAAAUUGAGAUUGAAUAUGGUGGCGCAACAGUCGAUGAUGUGGUCAUAAUUCAAGAAGGCAUUACUGAGGUUAACCCUGACCAAACCCAACAAGUAUGGCUCUUCCAGGACGAAUGA